AUGUCUGAUGAAGAAUUAUAUUCAGAAGAAUCAUAUGAAUUUGAAUUUGAAGAUGAAGAUGGAAAUGAAGGAUCAGAUCAAGAUAAUGAUAAUAUUGAAGAAGAUGAAGAACAGGAUAUAGAAAAUCGAUAUUAUACUGCAAAAGCCUUAAAAGAUGAUGAUGUAAAGCUAGCGGUCACAGAAUUAGAAAAACUAAUAAAUUCAAUUAAUGAAACAAAUACAAAUAAUGAAGAUAAUGAAAAAAAUGAAAUUGUAUUUAAAUCAUAUAAACAAUUAAUUAAAAUAUUAUAUAAUGAAGAAGAAUAUGAAAAAGUUUUAAAUAAUUUAAAAAAUAUGAUCCCCUUGUUACCAAAAUUAAAUAAAUCAUAUAUUGAAGAAUCAAUAUCAAGAAUGAUUGGAAGAUAUUUGAAUAAAUCAAAUAAUAAUAAUAAUCUGAGUAUAAGCAAAAGAGAUAACGAAAAUAAACAAAAUUUUGUUAUUAAAUUUUCAGAAAUUUUAAAUGAUCAAUCAGUUUUUCAGAAUGAUAAAUUAUGGUUGAAGUUAAAUUCAAAUUUAUUAAAUUUUUAUUUAGAAUCAAAUCAGUAUUCAGCAUUUGAAAAUUUAUUAAACAAAAUUCAUUCAAGAACAAGUAACAUUCCAGAAUCAAUACUAAAACUAUUUAAUUUAGAAAUAAUUGCAAUGGAAAUUGAAUAUUUAUUUAAAAUAAAUACCCUGGAUUUUAAUAAAUUAAAUAAAUUAUAUAAAUCAAGUUUAAAUAAUUCAACAGCAGUAACUCAUCCAAAAAUUUUGGCGGUUAUAAAUGAAUGUGGUGGAAAAUUACAAUUUUAUAGAGAAAAUUUUGAAAAAUCAAAAAAUUUAUUUUAUAAUAGUUUUAAAAAUUAUGAUGAAGCUGGAUUAUCAAGAAAAAAUAAGAUAUUAAAACAAUUUUUAUUAAUUUCUUUAUUAAUAAAUGAUAAAAAUGAUAAUGUUGAUAAUUUUCAAUCUCAAGAAACUCAAACUUAUUCAUCAUUUAAUGAAUUUAAUAAUUUAAAAAAUUUAAUUAAAAAUUAUAGAGAUUUAGCACUUAUUGAUUUUUUUCAAAAUUUAAAAAAAUUUGAAUUGGAUAAUGAAGAAUUUUGUAAUGAUGAUAUUUAUAAAAAUUCAAUUGAAUUGAUUUUAGAAAAAUUAAGAAUCAAAAUAUUGUUGAAAAAAUUAGUAGAAAAUACUGAUAAAAAAUUAUAUUUCAAUGAGAUUGAAGAAUCUUUACAUAUUGAUGAGUCUCAACUCGAACAGAUUUUAUUUAAAUUAAUGAAUCAAGGAAAAUUAUCUCAGUUUAAAAUAAAUUUCAUUGAUAAAUUCAUUGAAUAUGAUUCUAAAAAUAUUAUUGAUUCGACAACUUUCUUACAACAAACAAAUCCCAAAGAAAUUUAUUACAAUGUUAAAUUACUUGAAUCAUUUAAGAUUAUACCAAACGCGAAAGAAGAAGAAGAAACUUAUAAUCCUGAUUUAAUGUCUGAUGAUGUUUAUAUUGAAGAUAAAAAAAUUCAACUUCCUACAGACACACAACAACAACCAGCGAUUACAGAACUUAAUUCAAAUGAUAAUUUUUUAUCAAAAUUAUUUUAUAUAAUGGAAAGACCAAAUAAACCAGAAGAUUGGUUUAAAUCAAUAGAAUUAUGGUAUUCAUAUAUAAUGUCAUUCAACCCAAAACAACAUAGAUUACCAAUAAAUAAAGAAAAAGAGACCACCACCACAACAACAAAUAUAAAUGCAAAUAAAGAAUUACAGAAUUUUAAUACUGGAUUGUUAAAUUCUAUAAUUGAUGGAAAUGAAUCCAAAAAUGAAAAAGAUUAUGAUUAUAAUGAUGAUGAUGAUGAUGAAGAUGAAAAUUUAAUUCAAAUUAAAAAAAUUAAUUUAAUUCAAACUUGGAUUAAUAAAUUAAAAGAAUAG